CUGACUACGGCUGUGUUAAAACCAGGACUACGAAGGCUACCAGUGUAAAUUCCUAUUCGAUUAGAGAUCCUGAGAGAGAACGAAGGAUUUUGCAGUCCCAAAACGAACGAAAAGAUCCUUCUGCCACAGAUGCACCAAGAACUGUAGGCUUAGGGUAUUUCACAGAAACACCUACAUCUCCGGCCAAUUCAGCCCUUCACUUCAGUCUAACCCGUCCUAGUUGUCAAGCAUCAUCCAUAUCCCAUCAUGUCGAUAGUGGUGGUGCACUCCAACCCCCUGUUCUGGGUGCGUUUGUGUGCUCUGGUCUUCUCCUGUGUGGCUUUUGCUGUGACCAUCCAUGGGGCCGACCUCAAGCACGGUACAGGGGACUGGUGUGUGUUCUGCUGGGCCUUCAGUUUCGCUGGGACCCUGUUGGUGUUGCUGGUAGAGCUGUUUGGCCUGCAGACCCGUGCCCCCGUCUCCUGGAAAAACUUCCCCAUCACCUUCGCCUGCUAUGCCUCCCUGCUCUGCCUCUCCGCCUCAAUCAUCUUCCCCCUCUAUUUCCUCAAGGGCCAGACCUCCCGCAACGAGACUCAUAACUACCGCAUCGUGGCCACCGUCUUCUCCUGCCUGGCCACCAUCGCUUACAUGAGUGAGGUGAGCAUCAGCAAAGCCCGGCCAGGUGAGGUAGCAGGUUACAUGGCCACUGCCCCGGGUCUGCUGAAAGUGUGUGAAACCUUCGUGGCCUGCGUCAUCUUUGUCUUCAUCAGCGACCCGGUGUCCUACAACUCUCACGAUGCACUGAGGUGGUGCCUGGCCGUCUACUGCAUCUGUUUCAUCCUGUCGGCGGCCAUCAUUGUGCUGUGUAUCUGCGAGUGCACCGGCUGCCUGCCUUUCCCCUUCGCCCGCUUCCUGUCUGCCUACGCCCUACUCGCUGUCAUCAUGUACCUCUCCGCUACCAUCGUCUGGCCCAUUUUUUCAUUUGACAGGAAGCACGGGGGCACUUCCUCCAGGCCCACUUUCUGUGGUAACAGUCAAGGGCUGUGUGCAUGGGACAAGCAGAUGGCUGUGGCUGUGCUCACUGCAGUCAACUUUGUGCUCUACCUGGCAGACCUGAUCUACUCUGCCCGACUGGUGUUUAUUACUGUGUGAGCAAAAGGUAUAGAGGGGAAGAACGAGAAGAGGUAGGUGAUUUUGAGUAGGAUGGAAAGAAGUUGAGGAGUAGAAAUGAAGAGGUGAAGAAAGAGGGAGAAACAAAGAAACUGCUUACUGUAUUUUGUGUCAUUUAUAUAUCAAUGUUCAGCCAUUAGUCACCUCCACACAUAGACACUAAAUUAUUUCUUAUUUCAUGCAAAAGGAAAAGUCCUUACACAAUGAUGAUUUUAUAGACCCAAGAACUAUGAUCAGAUGGACCAGAUGUUUUCUAGGUUUGAGCUCUGAUUAUCUGACACAUAAAUGCAGUAUUCCAAAGACAGGAUGGAUCUGCUGAGAAUAUUGACAUUACUAUAGAUCAUGUAAAGUCUUACAACUUUCAAUGGUCUUUUAAUAAGCAUGACUUUUUACAUUAUGGAAAACUGUAGGUAGAUUUUACAGAACAACUCACACCUUCCUAGUUUGUUUAAGAUGAGUUACGAAGGGAUACAAGUAAUUCAAUCAAACCCGUAAGUAAUUUUUAGAAGAUUGGUACACUGCUCCAAAUGUUUUCAAGACAUGAUGUAAAACAAAUUGUGUUUGAAUUAAUGUAAAGAUAUACUCUGUUAGUGUAGGUUUUUUGCUAAUUUUACAUUCCUGUUUUUACACUUUUUAAAAAUAUUUUCAUAUUCUGCCAAGCUACAUGUCAGGAGUAUAUUGUAUGUUGAAAUAAUAUAUGCAUAAGGUAACUGAAUUAAAACUCACUGUGUAAUGAACACUUACUGUUUGACACUUAUGUGUUUGUUAUAACCCGUUCUCUGUAGGCUAUGGCGUCUCCAAAAACAACAUCUUAGAAUAAAAACAAAACGUUGUUAGGAAAAUGUAUUCUUCUUAAUCUGGCCCAUUGCUUUGUACUGCUGUAACAGUCUGCUCUUGUGGAUGAGAAUGUCCACUUUGUCAUAGAGGGAGACAUCCAUUUGCUGCAUCGUCCUCACUACUUCCUGCUGUUACUAAACAUGACAUGUUUUUUAUUCCGCUGUGCCUGUUGAGACUGUGCAUACCACAUCAGUGUUAUGGGAACAUACAAUCCAGUGUUCAGUAAAAGCAAUGUGAUAAAUUAUAGCAGGAUUUGUCAACUGGGGGCCCACGGGUCAAAUUUUAUUUGGCCCCCAAGUUUUCUGAGCAAACCCCCCCCCCCCCCCCCCCCCCCUCCACACCAAAUUUAAAUGAUUUGACAUAAAGGACUAAAAACACCAGCAAAUCAACUUCAACUGUUUUUUAAUUUUGGAAAUCUGUUCCAAAAUGAUUUCCACAUAUAACAGAGCGAGUAAUGUGAUUGUAUACACAUGUAAGCUAAGUUUAAAAUUAUUAUGUUUGAGUCAAAUGUUAUCUGUUUGGGCUUCUUGCAGUCUACAGUCUGCGGCUGAAUGUAGUUGAUGAUCCCUGAAUUAUAGCCUAUGUAUAUCUGUCUUUGCCCUUGUUAAUUGAAUAAAAUAAACUAACAUUUAGGUGUUCUCAAUCUCUCUCUCUC